GAUCUUAUAAAGUCUCAAAACUCAUUCUGAAGGCCAGAGCAUCUAGGAACGAAUCUAUGUAUUACUACUUCUCUAGUUCUCCUCUUCUAUUCAUAAACUGUGAACCUUUUUUAUUGUUCUUUUUUAUCAAGUGCACACUCUUCCCUUGUGGGAUUGUUUUGAGAGAGAAUCGAUUUGAAGCUCACCUGACCACCUGAUACAGAGUUAAGAAGCAGCUCACGAGAUCCAUUGGAAGGUGACACUGUAUGGGGAAGUACACCAGAGAGAAGAAAUGGCUGUUAAUCGAAGGGCAACUCAGUGACCAUAUAUAGUAUUCAUCAUCUCUCUGCUAGUUUUAAGCUACAACAAUGGAUAUUGUCAUUGGACCCACCACAGAAGUGGUCAAGUAUUUGGUUUCUCCCUUCAUGCAGCACGCCAACUAUCUUGUUCAUAAUAAGAGAAAUGCUAAUGACCUUAGAAACCAAAUAGCAAAACUUGGAGAUCUGAAAACAGAUGUGCAACGUUCUGUCGAUGCGGCUCACAGGAGAGGAGAAGUGAUAAAAGUGGUGGUGGAAAGUUGGUUAACAAGAGUGAAUCAAAUAGAGUCUGAGGAGAUAACAUUACAUAAUGCAUUGGAAGAGAUCAAGGGAUGCCUCCAAGGGGGUUGCUCUGGGCCUUAUGAAGUAGGGAAAGAUGCAAAAUGCAUGAUUGACAAUGUCAAUCAGCUACUAAAUGAAGGUCAACAAUUUUCUGUUUUUCCAGAUCCUUCUCCGUUUCAUCCAGGCCCAGAAUCCAUGCAGACACUAGACUUUCAAGUUUAUGAGUCCACCAAAUUAGCUAUGCACAAAAUCAUGGGGCCUUUGAAGGAUGAGAAUAUCAACAUGAUUGGUGUAUAUGGGAUAGUAGAGAUGCAUGGAUUCUCUUCAAAUGGGCUGCUGGAGAUUGUAUAGAGGACGACGAUACGCUAGGUCCGUUGGUAAAUCAAUUUGUAUUAGAAUGUGGGGGAUUACCAAUGGCAAUCGUUGUAAUUGGAAGUGCACUACGAGAUAAUGACCAUUUGGAAUGGGAAGAUGCAAUCAGCGAGGUCGCCGCUUGCAGCAGCCAGCGAUUGACGGCCAAUCGAAGGAAGAUGAAUCAUUGGGGGUGAGAAACAUAGGAGCUGCACCAACAUUGUGGGUGAUGAUCGAAGAUCACUACCUCAACUGAAAUAGAAGUAUAGGACUGAGAAGGGUUUUCUUUCAAACCUUCUGAAUCGUCGCCGCCGUCAGCGAUCUGCUCAUUAAUUGCAGUGUAUUCAUUGGUUGUCUAGCCAUCUCCAAUAGCAGCUUCUGAGUGUAAUUGCUGGGUAUUGUUGUUUUUCAUCACGGGUGGUCUAAGAAUAUGUCAACAAAUGGAUAGGUGGUGCAUGAUUCGUUACCAAAUUUUAGAGAAACCAAACCAGGAACUUUGUCUUCC